AUGAAUGUAAGUUACAUCGCAUCUGCACCAGAAAUCCUACAAGUUAAAAAACACCAGGUGAUAGAGUGGGCAUUUGGCAAACGAAUAACGCCAGCUGAGCAACUUCGAAAGCAUCAACGCUCCCUGGAGAAGGCACAACGAGAGCUUGAUCGGGAACGUAUCAAGCUCGAAAAUCAAGAGAAAAAACUGGUUCAAGAGAUUAAGAAGAGUGCUAAGAAUGGUCAAAUGGGAGCAUGCAAAAUUCAGGCUAAAGAUCUGGUCCGGACACGAAGAUAUAUUGAUAAAUUUUAUGCGAUGAAAACUGAGCUACAGGCUAUCAGCCUACGUAUCCAGACAGUUCGAACCAAUGAACAAAUGAUGCAGGCCAUGAAGGGUGCCACAUGUGUUCUGGGAAAUAUGAAUCGGAGCAUGAAUUUACCUGCACUUCAAAGAAUUGCUAUGGAAUUUGAGAAAGAAAAUGAUAUAAUGGACCAGAGACAAGAAAUGAUGGAUGAUGCCAUCGAUGAUGCUACAGGUUUAGAAGAUGAGGCGGAUGGAGAAGAGAUAGUAGAGCAGAUUUUAGAAGAAAUUGGAGUAGAUCUCAAAGAAUCGAUGGGUGAGGCACCACACGGUCCUGUCUCAGCCCGUAUUUCUGAGAGUAGAAUAGCUCAGGCCAUCGGUGGCAAUGGAAUUGAUGCUGACCAUGGCGAUGAUGAUCUCCAGGCGAGACUCGAUAGUUUGAGGCGUUAG